GUCUGAAGUCUUUGCUUGAACUCUUAAUCUGGGAUAGUGAGAGAGAGAGAAGAGAAUACCUAAGCUGGACUCAGACUUAGAAUCCCCUUGGUAAAAUGUCUGGAGGCUAAUCCAUCAGCAGAAGGAGCAGAUACGGCAUGCUGGUGAGAAAUGGAGGAAGUUUUGAAGAUGACUUAUCCCUGGGAGCUGAAGCUAAUCAUCUGCGGAGUGAUACCCAAAUGGAAACGUGCAAUGGUAUGCUGGCGAAGGAGAAGAGACUUCAGUUUCACCAGAAGGGGAGAAGUAUGAACUCUACAGGCUCUGGAAAAAGCAGUGCAACUGUUUCAAGUGUUUCUGAGUUACUGGAGCUUUAUGAAGAAGAUCCUGAAGAAGUGCUCUAUAACCUUGGAUUUGGAAGAGAUGAACCAGAUAUUGCUUCAAAAAUUCCAGCAAGAUUUUUUAACUCAUCAUCAUUUGCCAGAGGGAUAGAUAUCAAAGUGUUUUUGAAUGCCCAGAUGCAACGCAUGGAAGUGGAAAAUCCAAAUUUUGCUUUGACAAGUCGUUUUCGCCAGAUUGAAGUGCUUACUACUGUGGCCAAUGCUUUUUCGUCUUUGUAUUCUCAAGUCUCUGGGACUCCUCUGCAAAAAAUUGGUAGCAUGAAUUCAGUGUCUUCCAGCAAAGAAGCAUCCAGCCCUCCUCCCUUAAAUCGCAGCAAUACAGCCAGUCGGUUAAUGAAGACCUUGUCCAAGCUUAAUCUUUGCAGUGCACAGCAGGCUGAUAGUAGCGGCUGCUCAACGCCUUCACCUGUUGAAAAAGGAAAAGGUCCAGUUGAGAUAGAGAGUGAGGAAAAUGAUGCUAAAAAUGACUCUAAGUUGCCAAAAUUCUCCAAAAAGAAAGACUCUCCCACUUUUCUGGCUACGGUAAAGGAGGAGGUAGCCAGUAGUCAGUCAAAUGCUACAGACACUCACAGACUUGAGAUCGUGCCUGCUGGAACUGAUGAUAAGCAUGAGAAUACUGUGUGUGUGGCAGAUGUGCAAAGCAGCAGGCUGGUAAGCCCCCAGGACAGACAAUGUGAAGAGUCUGGUCUUUUGGACCCUUCCAGCCUCAGCAGCAGUCCCAACUUACCUAACAACACCACGUCUGAAAGUGGUGCCCCAGCACAAAGGCCACCUGUGGCAUCAGUGGGUAGGGAACCCUGCACGCCUCUUGCCAACCCCUCUGUAAUGAAUCUAAUGCUUCAACAGAAGGACUCCUUUGAGAUGGAAGAGAUCCAGAGUACAGAGGGGGAUCUACCACACGUUCCAGCUUCUCAUCAACUGGCAGUGACCAAGUCAAGGAAAGAUCAGCUUUUACGGACUGCUAGUCAGCACUCAGAUAGCAGUGGCUUUGCUGAGGAUUCUUCCACAGACUGUUCUCCAUUUAAUCAGCUUCAGGUUCAGGAGUCUUUGCAAGGCAUGGGAAGCAGUGCUGACAGCUGUGACAGUGAGACAACCGUGACAUCACAUAGUGAAGAACAGAAGACACCAAUAGCCAAGGAACGGCCAUGUUUCAAUAAGUUUGAGGAGGAAGAAGAGGAGGAGGAGGAUGACGAUGAUGAUGAUGAAGAGGAUGAUAUCUCUCAAGUAGAGAGAGGAAAGGUAGAGGCAUAUUCUGAAAACCUAAGGAAAGAUGAUAAAAGAAAUUGUGAACAAAAUAAUGAAGAAGAAAGUAAGUCAUCUCAUGUAUCUAAGAUAGUUGGAGGAGAGGGCAGCUCUAAAGAUGAAGGUAUUUCCAGUGAGCAGAAAGAAUUGGAGCUUCUGGAGGAAGGCAGUGAUGAAAGUGAUCUUGACAAUGACACCACUUUUGAGUUUCCUCAGUACCAAACACACCAUAUCCUUAAGUCACUGGAGUCUCUGGAAGGUGACAGCUCUUCCCCAUCAUCCUUGGACAGGGUUCAUGUUGCUUUGCAAAGAGCCCGGAUGAGGGUCAUCAGCACAUCUGAAUCAAGGGCUGGGCGCUCCUUCUUGAAAUCAAAAGAUUUCCUGAGGAAACAAAGACAGUGGUUGGCUGAAUCAGGUUAUCCUCUAAGGCGAUCUCAAUCUCUCCCAACUGCAUUACUGAAUCCAGUGAAAGUGGUGUCCUCUGUGAAUGUCCAGUUAACUCCAGGAAAAGAGACUCUGUGUGGUCCUCCUUCUUUCACCUACAAGUACACACACAUGGAGGGAGAUGAAAAACUGACUUCUGAGGAUGACAAACAGGAAGAUAAAGCAACUACCAGCCAGCCUGUGUGCAAAUCCACACUAUUCAUUGCAACUUCAUCCUCUAAAAGAGAAGUGCCUCAGGCUGGGCUCAGGAGACUGUCCGAGGCGCCAAGUCCCACCAGGGGACAGAGCUGCCCACUACACACCCCAGCACACAUGUCCCAGUCAACAUGCUCCCUGCACUCCCUCCCAGCUGAGUGGCUGGACAGGCCGCUCUGUGAGCACAUGAGGACGCUUAGCACCCACAGUGUCCCGAGUAUCUCUGGUUCUUCCCUCAGUGCCUUGCUUUCGCCCUUCAGUUGCCCCUUUUCUCCGAGGCACUCUGGAUAUUCUCAUCGACCUCAUGCCAUCAAUCCACCCUCUACUGUGGAAAUGCAGCUUCGCAGAGUCCUACAUGACAUCAGAAACUCUCUGCAGAACCUCUCGCAGUAUCCAGUAAUGAGAGGUCAGGAUCUUUCAGCUGCCACUGGUUACACUACUCAGAGAUCAUCCAUUCUACCUCUCUAUGAAAAUACUUUCCAGGAGCUGCAAGUAGUAAGGCGAAACCUAAAUUUAUUCAGAACUCAAAUGAUGGAUUUGGAAUUGGCUAUGCUACGUCAACAGACAACGGUUUAUCAGCACAUGACAGAAGAGGAAAGGUAUGAAGCUGAUCAGCUGCAGAGUUUGAGAAAGUCUGUCCGCAUGGAGCUGCAGGAGUUAGAGAUGCAGUUAGAGGAACGUCUACUUGCACUGGAAGACCAGCUGAGAAGUCUGCACAUGUCUUCCCCUUACAGACCUCAGACACACAUAGGUAUGUAUGGCAGCAGAAGUGCUGAUAACCUAUCGUGCCCUUCUCCGCUGAAUGUCAUUGAACCAGUCUCUGAACUUAUGCGAGAGCAAUCAUUUCUGAAGUCUGAACUGGGUUUAGGACUGGGAGAUCUUGGACUGGAAAAUCUACCAGCCGAGGGUACGGAGUCUGUAUUCUCCCAUGGAAAUUCUGAUUCCUCCUCAGUGUGCUCCACUGCAAGUAGAAAAGCUGGUGUUGGAUCCUCUGAGCUAACAGGAAAGUCUAAGAGUCAAAGCAAGAAGUUAUACAGAGCUUCUGUUGCCUUAACACCAACUCCCCCAGUGAGAGCAGGCACUGGACAGCAGGUGGAAAGCUCUGAGGAGUUUGUGGACUCCAAACCAGAGAUGGAGCACAAACUAGAGAGAGUCCCUCUGGUGCCUUCGUUUGAUGAAAUCCAUAAAAGCGUGGAGCAGGACGAGCUGCAGCAAGUCAUACGGGAGAUCAAGGAAUCUAUUGUUGGUGAAAUAAGACGAGAAAUAGUAAGUGGAUUGUUAGCAGCUGUAUCGCCACAAAGCAGAUCCACAACUGCAAAACAAGAUGCCCAGCUGUGAGAUGGGUACUACAGGUUGGCUGUGGAAUUCUGCUUUGGGCGGCAUACACUGGUGAAGUGUCAAGUCGGUUUUGCUUCAGGAGAUGUUAAAGCUGCUGAGAUAGGCUACUUGUGUUCAACGCUGGGUUCUAUGAUGUGUGCCUUUCCUUGAGUACAUAUAUAAAGACUUAGACACUUUAACUCAUUUAUUACUUUCCAUAAAUCAUCAAUGAAACUGUGGCUCUCUGAGAGGUUUUGUAUUUAUUUGUAUUUCCCUGUUGUAAAUUUUUAUGUUGCUAAUUUCUUAAAGUGAUGUAUCAUGAAACUUGAAAAUUUUCAGGCUUAACCAGUUUAUAAAUAACGUGCUCACGUUCAGCUUAUCUUCAAAAAAAAAGAACACACAAAACCACCACCAUAAAAAAAAAAAAA